GAAAAAAUUACAAUCAAAACAGCAACUACAAACAAUGAUGACAUUCUAAUGGACAGUAAAAAAGUCAAUUAUCAUGUCUCAACAAGCAAAGAAUUUCAGCCCAAACAACAACAAUCCAUUUUGUCAAUGAAAAUGUUUUCAUCAAACAACAAUCAUCAUCAUCACCAACAACAACAACAACCAAAUGUUGGUGAUGAUGGUGAACAAAUGGAACGAAAACGAAUGGACAAAAAAGUUUCAAAUGAUGAAAUUCAAAGAAAAAAUUCCAAUGAAACAAUGGCAAAGACGACGACGACGACGACGACGACAUCAUCAAUGAUGGUGAUUAAUUCAAUGUUACUGCCAUCACCAUUGAAACGUAAUGAUAAUGGUAUCAAAUAUGGUUGCCUUAUAAAUUCAUCUAGGCUGAUGUUGCCCAUAUGGUAUAUGGUCGAAUUGAUACUUAACUUAAAUCCAACACAUGUUAAUAUACAGCCACCAAUUGGUUCCUAUCUAUCGGAUGAAUUGAAAACAGAAGUUGUAUGCCGUUCAUAUGGUGCACGACCAUUUUCUCUCAUCACCUGGAUAUUAAAUGGUGUUAAUGUUACCGAAUUAAGUGAUUAUGAUUUUGAAAUGAAUUACACUGAAAGUGUAUUACGUUUCAAACCACAAUGGACACAGGAUCAAAAACGGCUAACAUGUUUAUCAUAUAAUCCGAUAAUCAUUACAGAUAAUGAUCAUUUACAAUCAUUGAUUGAUUAUUAUAAUGUAACCGAAUUGGAAACAUCAAAACGAAAUGAUGGCCAAAAUGAUGAUGAUGAUGAUGAUGAUAAUAGGCCACUAUCAUGGGAUUCAAUCAUAUUGGAUAUUAAAUAUACACCAAAACUAAAAUUAAUGGCUCGAAUUGAACAACAACAACAACAGCAACGAUCAUUAAACAAUGAUGAAUCACAUAAUUAUCAAUUGUAUGAUGAAAUUAUUAGCCAAAUUAUUAUUGCCGAUCAACAAAUAUCAAGUCAUUCAUCGACAAAUCAUAGACAGAUCAAUCAGCUACACACAAUGGAAGGUCAAAAUAUAACAAUGGAUUGUCUGUUUCGAGCAAAACCAAACGCUACAGUAAUACGUUGGUCACAUAAUCAUGAUGAAAUAUGGCAAGAAAAAUCUGGAAUUGAAAUUGAACGUAAUCGAUUACGUAUAAUCAAUGCACAAGCUCAAAUUCAUUCUGGCCUUUAUCGUUGUAUUGUAUUCAAUUCUGAAGGACGUGGCCUAAGUAAUGAGAUUAAGAUUUUUGUUGAUUGUAAGUAUUCAUAUAUUAAUGAAUUCAUCAAGUAA